AUGUACGAGAGCAUUAUUCCCUUCCCAGAUCAAACCGCAAGCACAGUCGACAAGUACUGCUGCUCCCAUUCCACAAGUCUCCCACCCCUCUUCGCCGAGCACGCAGCAUGGACAGUCGAAAAGUUCCAGACCUCGUAUAUGAUGUGCUGUCCGCUCCAGGCCCAAAUGUGCAUCUUUCUCGCGAGCGACCGCCGCGCGAGACGGGUGCUCGAGAUCGGGACGUUCACGGGAUACAGCGCGCUGGCGUGGAAGGAGGGGAUGAAGGCCGCAGGCGGGGAGGUGUGGACGUGUGAGGCCGGUCCUCGGGCGAUUGCGGCAAGCAAGGAAGCGUUCGCCAAGUAUGAUCCGGAGGGAAAGAUUCAUCUGAUCGAGGGACCUGCGCUACAGACGUUGCGAGAGAUCAAUGCUGCGCCAUUUGAUAUCAUCUACGUCGACGCUCGGAAGGCGGAGUAUAUCGAGUACAUGGAGAUUAUUCUGGAGAGGAAUCUUCUGGCGGAAAAUGGGAUUAUCCUUGCGGAUGACACGAUCCAUCUCGGGCUGGUGGCAGAUAGAUCUCCUACGAACCCCCAUUCGGCGCGGGAGGACAUUGAAUACAGCCUUCAGCAUGCCGAUAAUGUGCAUGAGUUCAACGAAUGGGCAGUCAAGCAUCCUCGACUGGAUGUCCUCUUGCUUCCAAUUUUCAACGGGGUGACUAUGAUCAAAAUCAAGUCGUGA